UUCGCCCAUUCAGGCAGUUAGAGAGAGUGGCCUGUGUAAUGUCAGACUAUGCCUGAAUUAUAGUGCAAGUUGAACUAGGCCCUGCAAAUAUUUAAAUCUACAAGUUUUAAUCUGAAAAAUCUACAAACUUUGAUCUAAAAAAACCUGGAAAAUUUUUUGAUGAUCCAGUUUUAGAACCAGGUUUCUGAAAAGGUGUGCACUUACAAAAGAAGAAAAACCUGAUUGCGUAACAAGAAAAUGAGCUGAUUGCAUAAUCAGGAAAUCAGCUGAAUGCGUAACGAGAAAAACGAGAAAAUUUUGAACGAACUUGAAUUUGCAUUUAUUGAGACAGAAUGGGAGGCGCACUGUAUGGAUUGGUUAGGCUUACUUUUAACACACUGUACCCUGGAUAUAAAUCUUUCAAGGCUGUUAAAAGUAAGAAUGUACAAGACUAUGUCCGUUGGAUGAUGUAUUGGAUCGUCUUUGCUUUCUUCACAGCUCUAGAAACCUUGCUCGAUCCGUUCCUACUAUUCUGGUUCCCUUUCUACAGUGAGAUAAAGAUAGUUCUCCUCCUCUACCUUGUAUCUCCUGUUACUAAAGGAUCAGGAGUUAUAUACAGACGGUUUCUUCAUCCUCUUCUUUGUCAAAGAGAAGAUUAUAUUGAUGCUGUACUUCUCAAAGUCAAAGAGCAGGGUUACAAUACACUGUCCUCGUACACUACCAGAGGACUAACAUGGCUGGCUUCAACCAUCCUCACAACAGCUAUACAGGGAGGGGGUACUGUACUCAACAAAAUCAAAAGAUCCUACAGUUUGCUCGAGAUCACUGAUCUUGCAGAACUUGCUUUCAGGGAUGAUCAUAGAUUUCAAGAUGUAACAGAAGAAAUGAAUUCAGGAAUUGUUUACAACGCAACAGUAAGCGUAACAACUAGUUUGAAAGAAAUGAGAAACAGGCCGCCAUCAAGAAGACGACAAUUCCAACGACGAGAUCAAUUUCAAAAUAGUAAUUUAAGAUUAGAUAGAAUUGGGUCCACUGAGUCUCUAAGCUCUGGUUACUGUUCAGACAGUUUUCUGCCCGUUCAAGCUGAAACUAUGGACACACAGGAUUAUGAGCUCUGGGAAAGACAGCAGACCCGUUUCACCCCUCGAAACACUCGAAGAGGACUCCCAUCAAGAAAAGAUGUGCUGUCAGAUGAGGAGGACUAUCCUUAUGAAUCUAUACAUAUAACAACACCCUUUGGUCGGGUUAACAGAAAUACCGAUCCUGGCUUGCAGUCUCCUGAUGUUUGCAGUUCCUACUAUCCUUCAGACAAAGAAUCUGACGAAGACGAUCUCCCGGCAAGAAUAGUUAAUAAUCAGCAAACCGUGACAUCAGUUGACCGCCAUCUUGAAUUGUCUCGUAGAUAUUCUAGAAAUGGCGGAAAAGAGGAACGAGUUUUGAAAGAAACAGCUGAUUCAUCAAAGACAAAAGACAGGAUUACAGUUGAAGAGCUUCAAAAGCUGGCUCGAAGAUUAAAUUGUGAGCUAGUGACUAAUCCAACGGGUCAGGAAGAAACUAGUCUCCCGAGACCUACACCUCCCAAACGAUUUAUAAAGUCAGAUUUAAACUUUGAAGAAAAAGAUAGCGAGGAUAAAGGUUUGGAUAAUUGUAUUGACCCCAGUGUGGAUUUACAUAACCUCACUUCAGUUUCAUCCUAUUCUCUUCCAAUCCAAUCUUCUACUAACAUCGGUACUGAGGGUUGUAAUGAAAAGCAGAUCCGACCUUCAGAAGAAAUUAGUGAUUCGGAAUAUUUUGAACCUGAAAAUGAACCAAGCACUGAUGAAAGGCCAGAAUUUAAAUCUGAUCCUGACGAUGGAUUAAUUUUUGAACAUGAUUUACAGCUAAGUGAUUUUGAAUAUAAAUCUAAUGAGGAAAUUAAGGAUACAAGAACCUAUUCUCAACCUGAUCCAGAAUCUUGGGGAAAUUCCAACCCGUUUAUUGACGAUUCAUCCCAAACAAACACUGAUAACCUUUUUAAAUAUCAGAAAACAGAUUUAAUAACAAAGAUAGAAUUUUCUGAUUCUAAAAUUGCAGAUUUAACAACAAUAGAAGAUAGUUUGAUAAAUGAAGAACUAAAAACAGAUUUCAGCGAAGUUAAAGAAGAUAGUUUGAUAAAUAAAGAACUAAGAACAGAUUUCAGCGAAGUUUCUAAAGAAUCAUUAGUAACUGACAUAGAGACGGACAAAUCUGAACUUAGAAAGAACAACACUGAAGAAGAUUUUGAGGUUGAAGAAGAAAAAUCUGAAUUAAAACAAAGAAAAAAAUCUCGAGCCCCACCUCCACCCACCGGACUCAAUCUUUCUAUAGAUCAAGCUGCCAGUAAUGUUGACACCGGACAUGAAUUAUCUAAAGAACCAGCAAAGGUUGAUUCCUAUUCUCCAAUCGUAUCAAACAUAUCUGAAGACAGGUCUACUGAAGAUGGUCAUAUUUUCUAUCGAAGCCCAGGGUUUGAUGAAAGCCUAUUACUUUCCUCUCCGUCUAGUUAUCCCUCGGUAACGCCUGAAAUUCGUUUGCAACGAAGCCUUUCUCCACUUUUACAGCAAUCAUCACAGCUUAUUAAAGAGAAACCAGUACCCUUCCAACAUCCAACCAAGGUUCUAAAUCACAGCCAAGGAAUUUCAAGACUUAGAACUUAUUCCAAUGAAGACGACUUCAUUGAUUCUACAGAGGGUGGAAAUACAACUGAAAACCUUGAGCCUUCUUCACUGUCAAAGUGUCCUCAUUGCACUAUUCACAGCUGGCUUCCACAUUCACCAAGCUGUCCUAAGCUUAAGAAGAAAUAAAAAGACUGUUACUGAACUGUGAUGUGAAAGCAGAAAAACCUCGGAAAAAUCAGAAGCAGCUUCAAUUAUUUAUCGCUAAUAAAUUGUAGGAUUACAUAUUGUUUGUAAAAAUAUAUACUUGUUUGAUCUCAAUUA